CGUUUUUGCACAGGGUCUCCAUAUUGAUUGCAGUAAUAAUUUGAGAAUUCCGAGCUGAAAUAAUGGACCAAAAACGCAUCCCCAGCGGAUCAAACUGUGGCUGUGGACACUUCAUCUGAACCCAACGGCUGCAGCUUACAAUGGAACCAGAGCGACACGACGCAAGGAUAGAAGUGUGAUCAAGCGUCUGACUCGGAAGGAGAGUAAUCAAAGCCGGUUGGUGAUAAUUGUUCUGUAAAUAUUUUGACGAAAAAUUCAAAAGCACAAAGGAUCAGAAACUGUAGAGAUUGCAGCUAAACUGAAUAUUUUGAUAUUCAAUACCGAAGACUAUUCAGUAUCCUUUGUGUAAGACUUUUUAGUGACAAUGAAACGACAGAAAAAGCAAGACGAUGUUUCGAAGGACGUCAAACGAGCCAAGGUUCAGGUGGACCACAAUAUGUGCAUUAAGAAACGCAGAGUCACCAAAGUGCAACAAAACGUAAUCAAGAAUAUUUCGGCAACGUUGUGCCAAACAAUGGAGGAUCAGGAAUCGUGUGCAAUUGUCAAAAGGAAGAGGGUUGCUAUAAGCCUAGGUCCUGAUGAGGAUUAUGUUCCUCAUGUCGGUUGGUCAAAGAGGAGGACGGCAACUUGUGACCAGGCUAGAACAACAUCUAGAAAAGCUGCUAAACAGGCGAUCAUUGCUUUAGAUAAACAUGUGCAGGAAAGUGACAGCAGUGCUGGAAAAACUUCUCUUGAAACUUCUCCAAGUACAAACCGAGAGACAAUGAGGUUGCCAAUAAACCUUACAUCAAACAAAUCAGUAUUCAAAAAGAUUCAGGGUACACGAGGUGGAGCAAUAGUUUCACCGUCUUCAUCGAGUACUACAGUUCGGAAUACCUCAAGUAAACGAUCUUCAGCGGUGUCCACCCAGCGUUCAAAACCCAAUAUCAUGCUACGUCGAUUAAAUGAGAAGACUUCAUCUGAAUUGCGUAGUAGACGAAAGAGGACAUUCACGGUGCAUUCUCAGACCCUCUCAAAAGUAGGUGCUUCAGUAGAUUCUUUGGGAGACCCUUCGUUGAAUCGCCUACCCACUCGGUGCAGUCCGUCAGAUGCCGUUCAUGUAGAUGAUAAAUUCCACAAUCACGACUCAAACACCUUGGACUCAAGUAAACAAGAAACAAAUACCUCUUCGGAAGUUCAGCCUAGUCCCAUUAAGCGGAGGCUACGAGUGAAACAAACUUCAAGUUCCUCUGAGAAGGCAAGCCGUGAGCCAUCUGUGAGCGAUAUCAAAGAAUAUGCAGAAGAUGUAGGUAUCUUCUCAGUCAUUAAAACUAAUUGUCAUUCUUCAGUUAACACCAAGCUUGUGGAUGAGACGAAAACCGCUAAACAAAAGUACGGAUCGCGGAGACAACGUGUAGCAUCAAGUGAGCUUAACAGUGAAAGUUAUAGACAGGUUUGGAAGAGGACAUCGACCCACCAAAAGCAAUCAAAAUUGUUGUUAUCGAGACAUUAUCGGAAUCAAGAGAUAAAUGUCAGGAAAGCAAAAAGUGUCGGGGAAACUACGAUGCUGCUGAGACCAGACAAGACGGUUACCUCAGGUUUCCCCGAAAGAGAGAAAGCUGAUCAACAUACCAAUGUAGAGAAUACAUGUAGUUCACAUAUUGUUGUUGUUGGACCAAACAGAAGGUGCAUACCUGUGCUAUCAAAAAUAAACAAAGAAACCAAAAGUCGCCAUUCGUGUCCUUCUCAACCAAAAGAUUCUGCAGUAGGUGGUGUGAAUUCAACAGUCAGGUGGAUGUCAUCGAUAAAUAAAGAAAGUGAUAAUAGUGCCAAUGCGCUCAAUAAAAGUGCAGUCAAUCGAAAGAAGACAAUUUCAUGUACUGAAAUUUUGAAAACCAGUCACCAAAAGUACCCCGUGAAGAGUGCCAAAAGUUCGCCUGCCUUAACACAAAUGGAAGCUCAGCUUUCAUUUACAUGUAAUUCACCACAAGUGCCAACACCAAAGUGUCAAAUAAUCAAUGAGAAAGAAGUACAAGUAUUAAGUACACCAGAGAGACUAACGGUGGGAGGAAAUCAAACAAAGUUGUUGAUUCAGAAUGAAGUCAGUGUCACACUGAACAAACUCUGUUAUGAAAGCGUCAGUCACAUACUGCAUGGAGAUGGUUCGAGUGAGCGUCAAGCUUCUAGUGUCCCUCAACAUUCUGAUGGAAAGAGACAGUAUUUAAGGGAUAGGGAAGUGGCAGGGACUCGAACCGCGCUCAAGUCAGAUAGUGAAAAGGAUGUGCAAACAACAGGGAAUAUCGUUAUAAACCAUGCAGGUCUUAACAAAGUACAGAGCACAGCAAUUAUAAGUUCAACUCGGUGCCAAAGCAAUAUAAACUCGAGAAGUGCAAUAAAGACAAAGCCGAGAAGAAAACUUCAGAAAAGUCUUUGUUCAGAAGACACAACUAACGGCACAAAAGGAAACUCAUCAACAUUGUCUAAGAGAAGAAAUGCCAAAGAUUCAUCUGAAAGGAUCCAGAAAGAGAGUCGCCUGAAGUCGCUAAAUACGAAAGUGUCUGAUGAUCACGAACAAUUCACCGACCCAGAAGGCAAAAGGGUACAGAUGCCUCUGAUUUUACAGGAUCAAGAUAACCUCAAGACUGCCUGUCAAGCAACUUUAGCUUACUCUCCCAAAAUUGUAAUGGGGCUUCGACCGUAUGCAAGAUAUCGGUCCAAUGGAGACUUGCAUAGCUACAAACACUGGCUAUUGGUUCAAGGACAAAUUGAAAAACAGGUUCAUCUGAAUAGUGAUCAACCAGUACGUCUGAAACGGAAACGCAAGAGAAAAAGAAGAAGGACAAAAACUGGUUUACAACAGAAGGAAAAUGAGGAAAAUCCUAACCAGUCGGUGCCUACCGUGCAAGAUAACGUAUCCACCGAAACACACAGUCAGGUGCUGCUCGAAGCACCUGAAACCAGCUCCAUGGAGCAUCAAAAACUGGCGGUGAGGAAUUGCAAAGACUUGCAGGAAACAACCACAUGCCAAACAAGUGGACCGCAAAAAGACAUAAAUAAUCUCAAAGACGCCUUUUGUGAAGUUGAUUCUGGUGCAAAUAAUGUUGAAGUCGAAAAGGAUGAAAGACUGACUCCUAGCGAAGCGUCCCAUGAAGCAUCAAACGCUACUCAAGUGUCCAGAGAAGACGGUGAGAACACAAAUCUCAUUGUUUCUCAACCGCAAAGUUUAGAUGACGAUUCAGUUUCUCUUGAACAAACUUGCUGUCUGUCCCCUGUCAGUACUGAACAAGACACACAAACCAGCGACUGCAAAGUCGUCGCUGAAGCUGACGGUACUCUGAGUCUUAUUAUAUCCUCGAGUGAAACACCAAGUCCUGAUGUUGAAGUUGUAUCGCAGUCCACUUUAGUACAGGUGUACUCCGCAGCUCAGAGUGGACCUGGUAGCAGUCCUCCUUGCAUCAUUUCUCCGCAUCACACAGAGAGCCCUAAAAGUGAUAAAGACACACUCAGCGAACAUGAGAGUGGCUCUUUGUACCUCACCAGUCAACGUGGGUCAUUAAAUCCUGAAAAUAAAGCAGGAACACAAACCACUUCAGGAGAUGGUUCCACUCAACAAGAUGGCAGCUUUAGUGAUGACAUCAAGUCACUUGAGGAUCCUAACAAUACAUUUGAAACACAAGACACAGACGUUCAACAAGGCUUCCUUAAUUUUGAUGAGGAAAUAGACAUUGUUGAAUUUUCAGACCAGUUUGAGGAAGACGACCGCCCAAUUCAGAUUGUGUCUGAACUUGAAUCAUCGAGUCUUGAAAGUGAUGAGGAAAUAGAAACUGUUGACAUCUCAGAUCAACUUUCAGAGCAAGAUGCCCGUCCUAUUCACAUUGAGUGUGAACAAGAUUCAACAAUUCCUAAUUGUGAUACAGGAAAAGAAACUGUUGACAUCUCAGACCAACUCGUGCAAGAUGGCCGACCCAUUGACAUUGUGUGUGAACAGGAGUCAUCAAUUCUAGAUUGUGAUACAAAAAUAGGAACUGUUGAAAUAUCAGACCGAAGUGAACAUGGUGGCCUUCGAGUUCAGAUUGUGUGUGAACAAGAUUCGUCAAAUCCAGAAAGUCAUACGGGAAAAGAAACUGUUCACAUCUCAGACCGACUUGAGCAAGAUGGCCGCCCCAUUCAAACUGUGUGUGAACAAGAUUCAUCAAUUCCUUAUUGUGAUGAGGAAAAAGAACCUGCUAAAACCUCAGACCAACUUCUGCAAGAUGGCCGCCCCAUUCACAUUGAGUGUGAAAACGAGUCAAGUUUUUCUAAUUGUGAUACAAGAAAAGAAACUGUUGAUAAGUCAGACCGACUUGAGCAAGACGGGCGCUCUGUUCAAACUGUGUGUGAACAAGAGUCAUCAAAUCCUAGGUGUGAUAUGGGAAAAGAAACUGUUGACAUCUCAGACCAACUUGAGGAAAAUGGCCGCCCCAUUCCCAUUGUGUUUGAACAAGAGUCACCAAAUCCUAACUGUGAUACGGGAAAAGAAAAUGUUGACAUCUCAGACCAACUUGAGCAAGAUGGCCGCCCCUUUCACAUUGUGUCUGAACAAGAUUCAUCAAGUCCGAGUUGUGAUACGGACAUUGUUGACAUUCCUGCAGAGAAUCAAAUUCCAGACAAUGGAUCAGCAACUGCCCCUGUGUUCACUGAACAAGAUACAUGCAGCAAUCAAACGCACAUCAGUUAUCAACAAUCAUCUCAAAGUAUUGCAAGUGAACUUGUUAUGAGUCAGGAAAGCCCAGAGUCUGUUGAACAACACGACAGUGAGACUCGAACCACGUCAUUAGCGAUGACGUCUCAUCCCUCUGCUUCGGACAUGAACCUGGCAAUAGUAGAUGGCACAGAGAGCUGCUCAUUAACACAGGAUGAAGUGUCCGAUACAAGUGCAAAAGACUUACUGCUCCCACUUCUUCAGAGUGAUUCCAACAGAGGGUCGGACGAGGUUGAGCUUCAACCUCCUAAAAGCGAUGCUGAACCACCGAAGGACCUGCAACGCUGUGAUGAUCAAGUGAAAGAACUACAUGUAACCUCUAGCAGCAGUCCAGAAGAAGCACAUUCCCCGGGUCAAGUUGAUUCAGAUUCUGUGACGGUUUCUAUUCAACCCGACUUGUCGCCUAAACAUGACUCAGAAAACCUUACAACCUCGGAGGAAUCAUCUCAUACGCCAACAUCUAAAGCACAGGAAAACAUUCAAGAAGAAAAAUCUAAGUCUACGACAUCAGAGGACGUGAAGAAAUCAUGUAACUUCAAACAGUUGUGGAAUAUCAAAAGAGUUCCGAAGAACAAAGGUCAACGAAUUGCCUAUUUUUAUGAGAGAGUUAACAAAGAGGAGGUCGAUGAAGUACGGCCUGUGAUAUUGGAACGAAGACAACCAAGCUGUAGCAGUUCACUAGACUUGGUUCCCAGUGGAGCAGCAAGCCAUAAGGACUCGGAUAAUGGCCCGGAAAUGACGACGAUGCCUCAGAAACAUUUGCUAGAUAUUGCUCCGUUAAUGAAGAAAGCAAAUGACAAGGAAACGUCUGCAGAGCCAAUUAGUGUACAACAAGGUUCACCACUCAUUAAUUCUGCUGCCAAUAAGAAACCUGAUUUAUUGUCAACACAGAAUGAGAUCAGAAAUGUGACAGAGUCGCCAGUGAUAUGUUAUCCUUCGCAGACAGACUACCAACAUUCCAGAGGUUGUCAGUUCGAAAAACAGACGUCAUCGCUUGCAUUUGAGGAGACAAAUGAUUCUCUCCAGUUUUCAUCAGAAGAGACAUCUUCAUCUGAACAGUUACCACCUGACGUGUCAUCUGACAGCAGCAGCGUUUCUUUCUCACAUGCAACUCCCAAAGAUCAAGAGUUUGCGCCAAUGUUUGAAGGAUCAAUGCCAGAGGAAGAAUCAAGUACAGAUGACAGAGUUUCUGCUGUAGAAUCGGACUCAGCGAUGAUUGAAACACCAAUAACCACAGCGCUUAAGGGCAACCUAAGUCAACAUGGCAGCAAGUCCAGAACUGGGCGGAAACCACUCCUAGCAAGUAUGACUCUUCGAAAAAAAGAUGAGCAUUUUUUAUUUUCGCGUCUUGGAUUUAAGAAAUCCAAACAGAGGAAAUCGCACAUGAGUGACCAAAGAAAGUAUAUGGUGAUUAAAAGAGAACUGUCGCAAGUUCCUGAUGAAGAUUGUGUGAAGCCUGAACCACUGUUUAGGACAGGAAAUCAGCACCAGGAGUGUCGCUAUCAAUCAAACUUAAUUGUGCCAGAGGUAACCUACCAAUCAUACCGUCCAAUAAAUCGCGUGUUUACCAGCACUUCGCCACACAGGAUGGUGCAAAUGCCAAUCUCAGAGUUUCCACAAACAAGUCGGAGAAUCGGAAAACGACAUUUGACAGCCUCAAAGACGUUGAGCCCAGAAGAUUACAUCUUUCCAGCAAAACGAAUCAAGCGUCACCAGUUGUCAUCAACGCCUCUCACUGGUUCAGUGUUUACCAAUAACCAAAGAAGAAGUAAAUUUGGAAACACUGUACCCCAUCACUUUCUUUUACCAAGUAGAGGAUGUCCAGGAAAAGUAUGUCCACAAGAUCCUGCAAUGAUGGAAUCGGCGGGGGUUUCAGGCGUCACGGAGCACACUCGGGUCUUAAACCAUCAGGAAAAUAACGCAGAUACCUUAGGAAGAUGCACCAUGAAUGUUUCAGUCAAAGACAAGCCUUCGCUUUUGGUCCCGCCUGACACUCAUGUAGACGACCCUGGACUCAAACUGGAGCAACAUGUUUCUGACCAGUCGCUUCUAGCAUGCGAACCGCGGAAGAAAGACUACAGAAAACAGGUACUCAACCAGGGAUACAAAGACUCGUCCGUUGAUACAGAAAUGAGUAAACCCAACCAGAGAGGACGCCCGAAGAAGAAAAGACGGCUUUGGUUAUAUCAGCAUGGCAGAAAACACCAGAGGAAGGACGAAGAAAAAUCAGGAAAGCUGCAAGAUCCCGCAAUUCCUAAAAAGGUUGGACGCCCAAAGAAGGAAAAACUGCCAUGGUUGUAUCAGCCUGGCAGCAAACAACUGGCGAAAGACGAAGGAAAAUCAGAUCCUGCAAUUCCUAAGAAGGUUGGACGCCCAAAGAAGAACUCAAUUAUUGAAUCUAAAGAAAGGAAACCUUUUACAAGGAGCUCAAAGGUCAAGAAAGGUUAUGCCAUCAAAAGCAAGUGGCUAUGGUAUCAGAGAAAGAAUGCAAUUGCGAAAGGAUUAAAGCCCAAAGUUGGACAAACUCUGAACAGUAAGGCUGAUAAAAAUGUGAAUAGAGGUCAGCCAAAGAAAAAGGGUCCAGAACGUGGAGAGCCAACCAGACCUAAAAAGGUGGGCCGUCCCAGAAAGAUUCCUCUGAGUGAAGAAAAGGAAUCUUCAACACAUGCAAAGCAACUUCGACAAAAAGGAAACUUACUUGGAGAAUCUGGAGAGCCAGCAUUGAGACUGAAAAAGAAGAUGGGCCGUCCCAGAAAGAUACCUCUCAAUGAAGUAAAAGCACCUUCAACUCCUACAGACCAACUUCAACAACAGAUCAUCAAAGGAAACUUACUUGGAGAAUCUGGGGAGCCAGCAAUGAGACCUAAAAACAAGGGGGGCCGACCGAGAAAAAAUCCAGUAAGUGAAGUAAAAGCACCUUCAACGCUAGCAACGAUACCUAAAAAGAAGAUGGGCCGUCCCAGAAAGAUACCUUUAGUUGAAGUGCAAACCCCCUUAAGUGGAAUUGAUCAACAAGGCCAAGACCCUACGCCCAAAAGGAAAUACUGUCGCAAAAAUAAUUCCCCAUGUGGAAUUCAUCAACAGAGCCAAGAACCUAAACCGAAAAGUAAAUAUCGUUUUGAAUUGAAUUUCUUAGGUGGAUUUAAAAGGGCAUCAGCUGGUAAAAAGCCACUACAUAAAAAUAAAAGGGGUCGUCCCAGAAAGAUUCCUCUCAGUGAAGUGCAAACGCUCUCAACCCUGUCGGAGCAACCUCCACAACAGAGCCAAGAACCUAAACCGAAAAGUAAAUAUCGUUUUGAAUUGAAUUUCUUAGGUGGAUUUAAAAGGGCAUCAGCUGGUAAAAAGCCACUACAUAAAACUAAAAGGGGUCGUCCCAGAAAGAUUCCUCUCAGUGAAGUGCAAACACUCUCAACCCUGUCGGAGCAACCUCCACAACUGAUCAUUAAAGGGAACUUAGUUGGAGAAUCUGAAGAGCCAGCACUGAAACCUAAAAACAAGGGGGGUCGUCCCAAUAAGAUUCCUCUCAGUGAAGUGCAAACACCCUCAACCCUGUCAGAGCAACCUCCACAACAGAUCAUCAAAAGGAACUUACUUGGAGAAUCUGAAGAGCCAGCAACGAAACCUAAGAACAAGGGGGGACGUCCCAGAAAGAUUCCUCUAAAUAAGUUGGAAGCACCCUCAUACCCUUCAGAGCAAAUUCAGCAACAGAUCAUCAAAGGGAACUUACUCGGAGAAUCUUUAGAGCCAGCUACGAAACCUAAGAACAAGGGGGGUCGUCCCAGAAAGAUUCCUCUCAGUGAAGUGCAAACGCUCUCAACCCUGUCGGAGCAACCUCCACAACAGAGCCAAGAACCUAAACCGAAAAGUAAAUAUCGUUUUGAAUUGAAUUUCUUAGGUGGAUUUAAAAGGGCGUCAGCUGUUAAAAAGCCACUACAUCCAUUCAUUGAAGAAAUAGCUAGACCUAAAAAGAAGGGGGGGCGUCCCAGAAAGAUUCUUUCAAGUGAAGUGCAUGCACCUUCAACACCUUCAGAACAACUUAGACAACAGAGUAUAAAAGGAAACUUACCUGUAGAAUGUGAAGAGCCAACUAGACCUAAAAACAAGGGGGGCCGUCCCAGAAAGAUUCCUUUAGGUGAAGUGGAAGCACCUUCAACACAAACAGAGCAACUGCAACGACAAAUAAUCGCAAGGUGCUUUCUUGGGGAAUCUGAAGAGCCAGCUCCGAGACCUAGAAAGGGGGGUCGUCCCAAGAAACUGAACACUUCUGUCAGUGGAAGCAGAGCAACUUUGUCAGCCACUGACCAGCUUGAGCUCAUUCAUAAGAUCCAGGUGCUAAUUCCUGGUUAUGUUGGACCUGCCAUCGAUGAGGACUUUGUCUUGGAGGAGUUUUGUAGUUUGGAGUCUCUCGAGGAAGCAGUUCAAAGUACAACAAUGGCACGGAAGACUCGUCAAGGAAAUAGAAUCUCCCGUAACAGAAAGAAUUCAAACUCGUUAGCGCACCUGUCCACCACUUCAGCUGGCAACAAGAGGCGAGCUAAGCGAAGUUCUCGAUCACCAGAGGGCUCCUAUUGGGACUGCAGUGUGUGUACUUAUCGAAACAAAGCAGAGGCAUUCAAGUGUGCUAUGUGUGAUGUCCGCAAAGGCACGUCCACUAGAAAACCAAGACUUAAUGCACAACUAGUCGCCCAGCAACAAGCUCAGCAGAAUCUGUCUCCACUGAUUCACGUCAAGACAGCGAAGACAACUGCACGGAGUCCAGCACAGAGGAAAGCUGGUACAUCUAAGAAACCAAGACCCCGCUUAAAAAAUGUCGAUCGGAGCUCGGCCAUUAGUACGGAAGUUGUGGUCAACAACGUACCCGUGAUUAUUACAGAGUAUAAAGAGAAAUCCCAUACGAGAACCUCCAUCGAUUCGGACGAUGCCUCGGCCGAACGAACAAACGGUAACGUCAAUGGAUUAUGAACAGCGCCCUCUAUGGUGUGUUUUUUUUAUAGUAGGCUUCCGAGAGAGCAACUACGAUUCUCGCAUGUGUUUUUUUUUUGUGUUGUGGAAAUGCUGCAUUUAUACUAAGUAGUCGUGCACUGACUGGUCCAGCGAGAGAAUGGAAUUGGCCAAAGCAAAUUUUUCAUCUGACAUCUCUGGUGUUGUAAUUGUUUCUGUGUGGUGGUAGAAAUGUAAAUCAAGAAGGAAUUUUCUUAGUGAUGUGUUAGGACCCAUAAAAAGAGACUUUUGCGUAAUACUCGGCUUGUAUUAAGUUGGCGAACUAGAUCCCUGAAAACUGGUAAUGUGCACAGGUCUGUAUUGCUUCGUUUAUGAAAGAGCAAGGACACCAAAGCAUUUUCUCCUUGGUAAUGGAUGGGCACCCUAUGAGGAAAUGGUACAUUUCUUCUAGGGCAUUUCAAGGGCACCAAGGCAAUGACCAGGGGCAUGGAGGCAAUCGCCUUCAGUGCCUUUGUGAAGUACCAGACCUGUGUGCAUGUAGGAAUGGAAUGACUGUAGUUAUAGUGUAGUCUAGAACUUAAGGAACGAGUCGUUUCUGUGAAGAAAUAUUGUGAACAAACCUGAGUUCUCCCUCGUGUAAAUAUGUUAAAGAAUAGAUCUGUAUGACAUUCUUAAUGAAUUGUUUGUAUGUAGACCGAAGCCAUGGGCAUGUGGAUUUAAUGUUAGCCCAAAUUAGCUUUAUGAAAUAAGGCCUUCUUUUAUUAACCUUCUAACAAACACACUGUAAAAAAAUAGUUUAUGCUAACCAAGUAUCACCAUGGGAACUUUAUAAAUAAUGUUUUGUCUUCGCUUCCUUUUCCCCUAUUUAGACCAAGGAACGUUUGGAAUAAAUUAAGGAAUAAAAUAUAUUUGGUUGAUCGUGUUUCUCACAUGCCUUUGAGUUGUGGUAAGGACAUGUAGUCCCAAUUUCAUGGAGCUGCCUUUAAGCAUGUUAAGCACAAAAAUGGCUAAGCAAAACAAAAUUAUGCUUACGCGAAGAAGUUUACCAGCCAAACUGCCAUGUCACAUGCAUAAUCUGUGACUGCUAGCCUGCCUAGUUUUGCUAAGCAGAAAGCUGGUAAACAUUAUGCUUGAGAAGCUCUAUGAAUUUGGGCCAUGGUUUCUUGCUGUAAAUUUAAACCUGAGUAGGGUUUUUAAUAUCACAAAAGUCACAUUUCCUCCUAAUUAAGAAUGCAACAACAACCGUUAUUCAGCGUCCACAUGUUUGUGUACAAAAGAUGUGCUAGACCAUGACUAUUACUAGACCAUGUUUCAAUAGUUACAUAAACCUGACCAACCGUUUUUAUUUGUUAAAUUAAAUAUAUUUGUAAAAAAACUCUUCAAAGAAAUGUGAACUACUCCAGUCGGAAUCAGAACGAACACGGUGAAUUAAUAAUGUAUUAUGUUUACAGCAAAUUUAUAAGUGUCUGUUGGUUUGGCAAGUGUCGUAUUUGUGUUAAAUUUGUGAAUAUUGUAGUUUGCAUGGUUUUAAUUAUGUGCGGGGGGGGGGGGGGGUAAGAUUCAAAUUU